CGCAGACACGGCGGCGGCCCCGGGCGCAGCCCCCGCCCCUGCGGGCCCGGCGGAGGCGGCUGCCCCGGGGAUCCCGGCCCCUCGUGCGCGUGACGUCGCCGCGUCUCGCGCUGCUCCGGGACGGCGGCUGGAGGCUCCGGGAGCGGCCGGGCUGGGGGGUAUUCAUCGGCCAUCUGUAUUUCUGAGCAGAGAUCGGCCCACGGCAAUAUGAAUUUACCAGGGAAAGCAGAGCAAGAGACAGACUUGCAGGAGCAACAAUCCUCCUGCCUGAAUCUCCUGCAGAGAAGUCGGGUCUUCACGGCAGAGCCAAAUGAAAGCUUCAGUGUUUCAAGGGGAAACUUUCUUUAAGACGCGCACGGGAUUGGCUGCUUCCGAAGUGAAAGCUGAAGGCAGAGGACCCUUCGGUCUCCCAGCCUAUGUGCAGAGGAACAGAAUGCGGAUCACCAUGCGGCGGGUGUUGCUGGGGCUUGGCUUUGCUAUUGCCCUGAUGGUGACUGUGCACGUUGGCCAGCAGAUGUUGGAGUGCCAGGAGCUACUGGGCAAGGGCUAUGGCAAGCGGAAGCAUGGGCUGAUGAGACCAGAAAAUGAAGAACUGGUCGUGGUGGACUCCAGUCGCGUCGAGUACCGGUACAGCAAGGAGAUGCCUCUGAUAUUUAUCGGUGGGGUCCCGCGGAGCGGCACGACUCUCAUGAGAGCCAUGCUGGAUGCGCAUCCAGAAAUCCGCUGUGGAGAAGAGACUCGCAUUAUUCCCCGGGUGCUGGCAAUGCGCCAGGCCUGGUCCAAAUCUGGGCGUGAAAAGAUGCGCUUGGAUGAAGCAGGAGUGACGGACCAAGUCCUGGACGCUGCCAUGCAGGCAUUUAUCCUGGAAGUCAUAGCCAAGCAUGGUGAGCCAGCCAGAUAUCUAUGUAACAAGGACCCCUUCACGUUAAAAUCCUCUGUCUACCUUUCCAGACUCUUUCCCAAUUCCAAAUUUCUGCUGAUGGUUCGAGAUGGCCGGGCUUCUGUCCAUUCCAUGAUCACAAGGAAGGUAACGAUUGCAGGCUUUGACUUGAACAGCUACCGAGACUGCCUUGCAAAGUGGAACAAAGCGAUCGAGGUGAUGUAUUCCCAGUGCGUAGAGAUUGGGCGGUCCAGGUGCCUGCCAGUCUACUAUGAGCAGCUAGUGCUGCACCCCGAGCACUCCAUGCGUGUCAUCAUGCAGUUCCUAGACAUUUCCUGGAGCGACGCAGUGCUGCACCAUGAAGAGUUAAUAGGGAAACCAGGCGGAGUCUCUCUUUCCAAGAUAGAAAGAUCAACAGACCAGGUUAUUAAGCCUGUAAACUUGGAAGCUUUGUCCAAAUGGAUCGGGCACAUUCCAGGGGACGUAUUGCAAGACAUGGCCCAGAUAGCACCAAUGCUCUCUAGGCUUGGCUAUGACCCAUAUGCAAAUCCACCCAACUAUGGGAACCCAGACCCCUUGGUAAUCAACAACACCCACAGGGUUAUGAAGGGGGAUUUUAAAACACCAGCCAAUCUGAAAGGGCGUCUUCAGGUGACUCAGAAUACGUCUGCUUCUCACUGAAAAUUAAUGAUUUCCAGGAUGUUGCAAGUGUCCUUUCAUUGCCCAGCAGAGAAGGAAUUUGCAAAUGCAAAAGUGGAAAUCUGUUAUCCAAGCAUAUUGCUUGCUAAUAAUAUUGCCAAAACGUGACUGCUGUACAAGGAAUGUAUUUGCAUUUAUUUGCAAAGGUCAAACAUUUCACACUUCAAGUACCAGUUGUCUACCUUUUCUGAACACUCUGUGAAAAAGAGAAAAAUCUGUGGAAAUGAAUUUUCUGACUGAACCUUCGAAGUGCAUUGGAAAGAGAUUUUAUAUUCAGUUACUUGAGGACUUUUUAAAGUUACAUUAAAAUUGUCUUGUAAUUUUGUUCUCUAAUUUGAAACCAGAAAUAGGUGUAAUAACCGCGUCGAGCCUUUGUUGUACAAGUGACAAUCGGAGACCUGCCUCCUAUCAUUCCUUCACUCGUAACGUACAGAAUCUAUUGCAGAGUUAAUAUAUGAGGCCGUUCUGUUUC